AUGGCUGAAAGCGUCGGCGAAACAGAGGAGCUCGUUAAAAAAUCAGGUGCAACCUCUAUUAUUUGGAAUUGGUUCGGAUUUAAGCCGUCCGACGAGCAGCAGCAAAAUAUUCUCUGUAAAAUGUGUCGGGCAAAAGUUCCAGCUAAGAGAGGUAACACCACUAAUCUGUUUUACCACCUAAAAACCAAGCAUGCCGUUGAAUACCAGCAUUGCCAAGCAAUGCAGCAGACCGCAAAAUCCAGUACGAAGAACGCAGGACAGAAAAAACAGGAACUGGUCCAAACCUCAAUCCAACAAUCGUUUUUAAAAGGUACUCCUUAUAUGAGAAAGAGCCCGCGAUGGAUUGAGAUUACCAGGGCUAUAACUGUUUACUUAUGUAAGGACAUGGUGCCUUUUCAAACGGUGGAGAGACGCGGCUUUAAAGCCAUGAUCAAUGCUAUUGAUCCACGAUAUGAGGUGCCAAGCCGCAAAUACUUUACAGAAACAGAGAUGCCAAAAUUGUAUUCCGAGCUCCGCGAAAAUGUUGAAAAAGAGCUGUGUGUCUUGAAAUACUUUGCUACUACAACAGACCUGUGGUCGAGCCGUACCAUGGAGCCUUUCCUCAGUCUGACCAUUCAUUAUAUAACGGAUGAUUGGAAACUUGGUAGCCGGUGUUUGCAGACGUCGUACUUCCCCGCUGAACAUACAGCCGAAGAGAUAGCACAAGGACUCAAGGAAGCGCUUGAGUCAUGGGGUUUAAAAGAAGAAAGCCAAGUUUGCAUAACUACUGACAAUGGAACGAACGUGGUCAAGGCGGCGUUUUUGAAUGACUGGACCAGGCUGCAAUGCUUUGGACACAGGCUGCACCUUGCCAUCGGUAGAAAAAGUGUGAAAGACCCCCGAAUUGACCGCGCUGUUGGCGUAUGCAAGAAGAUUGUAAGUGCCUUUUCAUACUCUUGGAAAAGGAGAAAAGAGUUAAAGAAAGCCCAGGCAGAGCACCAUCUUCCCUUUCAUCGGCUAAUCACAGAAACACCAACAAGGUGGGGGUCACGCCAGAUGAUGAUCCAGAGGGUGCUUGAACAAGAGAAGGCCCUAUCACAGGUACUGAAAGCAGACAGGAAAACCAAACACCUGGUACCCACUUGGCAAGAUACAGAUGUCUUGGAAUCUAUCAGUCGGACCCUCGGCCCACUGCUGGAAUUCACAGACGCGCUGUCUGGAGAAGAUUAUGUCAGUGUGUCGUACAUAAAACCUGUUCUCCAUCUUUUCAACAACACUGUUCUUGCUGCAGCUGAUGAUGACACAGAGCUGACCAAAGACAUGAAAAGAGUCAUCCUAGAGUACUUAAACGAGAAGUAUUCUGACCCAAAAACGGUUGACCUACUGGAUAUUGCAUCCUUGGUUGACCCACGGUUUAAAGAUGCAUAUAUAGCUGAUGACCGCCAGGAGUUCAUUAAGACCAGAGCAGUAGUGGAAAUUCUGUCACUGUUGGAGGUGCAAGCUGCAACGGUCAGAGAACCACUGCCACACACAAGCACAGAAGCUGCAGCUGAUGGUGCUGAAGCUGCUGAAGUAGCUGUUGAGAGGCAAUCAAAGAAGGUAAAACGGAGCCUGGGAAGCUUUUUUAAAAAGGCCUCCUCCGAUGGCACAGCUGCUCUUGCUGACAGUAAGGCCAUCGAAGUGGAGCUAAAAAGUUACCUGCAGACAAUGCAGGUUGAUGGAGAGACUGAACCUCUGGACUGGUGGCGGCUGCACCAAGUUAAUUUUCCAAGGGUGGCUAGAUUGGCCCAGAAAUAUCUCUGUAUCCCGGCCACAAGUGCUCCUUCGGAAAGGGCGUUUAGCUUUGGUGGCAACAUUGUCACAUGCCACCGGUCUCUGUUGAAGCCAGAGACUGUGGACAAGCUUGUGUUCCUGGCUAAUAAUCUUUAG